AUGGGCGCCAUUUUGUCUUGCCUUUGCGGGUCACGUUGGGACUUUCAUGAUGACGAGCGAACACCUCUGCUUAAUGGAGUUAAGCACGGACCCGGGGCCGCACAGGAUGACAGCGAGGGUGCCAAUAGUUUCCAUAAUGGUGUUUCUGAUUUUGCUCGGCGAAACAAAGAGCUGACUCAAAUCCUAAACUAUAUGAAUUACCACCUUCUUGACGUUUCUCAGCUCGAGCAGAUCUCGCAACUUGAAAAAUCCCCAGACCAAUCCGACUCAGAGAUUGACCACCAACAGCAUCUUGACAACCACCGUUCCGCAAAGGAUUUUCGUAGGGCUCUUCGUGGCCGCAGAAGUGUAUACCCUAAACAUGCAUUAACAGAUGAGGAAGAAGAAGAUAAUAAUAAUGAUGAACAGAAUACCGAGGCAGGUGAAGAAACUGGCCAAACUAGUAGUGCAAUCAAAAACAAUAAUAAAAUCAACAAAAACUCACCGAGCCUUGGUGCGACGCGCCCGGCAGGCGCAGCGCGUUUGCAUGGAGCUGACGGCGUCCAAGCUUCUUUGAGUCUCGACACGGCUCAUAAUCGAUCGGACUACGCGCCGGCCGCGCGGCCCAUCUCAGCCAAAGAGACUCGGGCCAAGCAUCGACAAGCAGGUACCAAGUCUAUUCCUACCAAUUUCUCUACUACUUCUUCUGGUGCUGCUGGUAAUGGCACUACCUCUGCAGCUGUUGGUUCUGGUGAACAAGCAAGUUGUGCAGCUACGGCCGGUGCCGGCGCCGGCGCUGCUUCGUCUUCGUUUACUGCGCCUGGUGCAGGCUCUACAACGACUCCCGAGUUAGAAUCUUCGAGCUCUCUGGAUUCUAACGGGUUGUUUGAUGAUUGGGAGAUUAUCACGGCUGCUUCUGUGUCUGAAAAUGACCGCGCAUGGCUUGCCAAAAAAUCAAAGGCGGCGUGGCAGGCGUCCACCCGAGACGCGCAAAUUCACGCCGACGGACCUUUGCUUCUCGCGUUCUCUUAA